CUAUUUUCCUCAUGGUGUUAUCGUUUGGGAGGUCGAACUAUCGAUUGGAAGUCUAAUUGUUACACUGUUGUUUGAGAAUGUUUCCAUUGCUGCGUAAUCUGUUGAAAUAUAUACAAACGACGCUGUAAGGUCUGUAUCGAACGUGCGCAGUGGCGCGUGGUACGUGAAUAGCUCCCAUUUUGAAGAAUUGAGUUCACACAAAGUUCUGGGUUAUUAGGAAAGUGGAGUGAAGGUUGCCAUUACGGAUUAAAAUACUCCGCGGUGGAAAUACCAAAUCUUAUGCUGUCAAGAAAGACUGAAAAUAGCAGGUGUUGACGACAUAAUGGUGAAGGUGAUAGCCGUCUUCUGCCCCACGGGGCGCCAGGGAGCCUCCGUCAUCAAAACUCUGACCAGGGACCCAACUUACAAGGUCAGGGCGUUAACGAGAGACGCCAGCAGCACAAAAGCACGCGAACUUGCCUCACAAGGCCUGGAAGUCGUCCAAGUGGAUUUAAACGACAGGCAAAAUAUUGUUAAUGCCCUAAAGGGCGCUUAUGGCUGUUACGUCACGACGUUCACUGAUCUUAGUAACCCUUUUUGUGCAGACAUUGAAGUUGAGCAAGGUAUGAACAUAGCCGAUGCCUGCCUGGAGGUGAAGAUCCAACAUAUAGUUUACCAUACACAGAUAAACAUUAUGAAUGUCCUUGGGAUUAACGCACGGAAUAUGGUGGCAAAAGCCCAAGUGGAGGGCUACAUGAAGUCACGUGGUCUUCCUGUGACGUCAGUGAUCAUGCCGCUAUAUUAUGAGGAGUUUUUUGAUAGACUAAGACCGAUGCGAGAAGGCCAUGAUCACUAUAGUUUAGUGAUACCAAUGGGCCACAUCCCCCUGGAUAUGAUGAGUGUUGAGGAUCUAGGCCCCGUGGUUCACCAGUUGUUUAACCAUGCCGGACAGUUUAUGGACAAGACAAUAUCACUGAGCGGAGAGAAGACAACCAUCAAAGAAAUGGCACAAAUGUUCGGCAGACAGCUUGGGAAGAGCUUCAUAGACAAACAAGUCACCGUGGAAGAGUUCCGAAAUUUAAACCAAGGACAGCCGUGGUCACGUGACUGGGCCAACAUGUUUGAUUUCUUAAAGCGCGUGGACCAGACCAACAGCGUCACACUGACACGGAAACUAAACCCGAACCUGCGCGGUCUUGAGGCCUGGAUCAGAGACAAUAGAGCUGCACUGUUGCAGUCGUUGUGCCAUUAAGCAAGUGAUAUGUGGGAUUUGAAAAAAAAACUGAUACUUGGAGAAAUUACCCUGUGUUUCAUGGACGACACGUGCCCAAGGCUUCUUUUUUGCACUUUCAUAUGUGCCCGCUAGUACCAAUAAUCCUUUGCGUGAGGAGAUAUGAAAAUGGAAAAGCGAAACCUGGCACGCGUCGAACUUAAGCCUAGGACAGGUGAAACAUGUUUUUAAGAAGGAAUCAGUGAAGGACGUUCAGUUUACAAGCAGGCUUACGGCACCUCCAAAGCCUCAAGAAUCAUCGAGUCAUCGUGCAGCAAUGGCUACUUUAUCAAGCAGAAGUCAUCGGAUUUGAAUGCAGAUUGCAGUUAAAUAUUGCUCAAAUAGCAGACAAUUUGCCCACAUCUGACAAAGCGUUUUUCUUUAACUUGUAGGCCUACACACACCGCCUGGUCGAGUUACUUAUUCAUUUUCUAGUUGGUUUAGAUUUACUAGUAAGCCUUAUGUAAUACUUUUUCCGGUAGGUUUCUUCAUGUUGCGUCUUCGUGAAUUGUAAUAUUUUUAAUACAUUUGACUAAUAAGAAAUGUUAUCAGUAAUUGACGCACCUGUCAGUUAUUAAGGUGCAGGUUUGCGACAUUGUAAUCAAAUUUGGACAGUUUCUCUGUCACUGAAACAUACGGAGAAAGUGCCUGCGCAUUUCAUUUCAGAACACAGGAUUGCGACCGUGGUCUAUUAAACGUCCUUAUAUUUAAUUUUAUUCUAUCUGAUGAAAACAUCCUAUUGAUUAGCAGGUUAUACUUUUAUUGGUUAGAAACAGAGACAUUUUACCAUUGAGAUAGAACUUAGUUUUUCAAAUAUGUAAAUGCGCUUUUCAUAUUGUCAGUCAGUCAUUUACGCGAGCAGCAUUACUACAUUUAGCGCUCUUUUACGGCCGAUAAUCUGUAGAGUCAAUUCUUCAUUUACUGAACCAACGCAAAAUGGUUGACAAAAGUUUAAUCAAAAUGUAUAAAUGUAUUUGUAAAUAAUGUCAUGUUACGGUAUGUGAAUGACGUAACUUUGAUACUUGGCGUGCAAUCACUUUGUUACACUUGCUCAAAAAAUAAACUGUU